AUGCGCUACUGUCUCGGUGAUGCCUCAGACUACGGUGCGCUGUGGGCUGCUCUGGCAUUCAUGCCAUUCGGUCUAUUCUUUGACUUCAUGGACGGAAAGAUUGCCCGGUGGCGCAAGAAGUCCUCGCUGAUGGGACAGGAACUCGACUCGCUCGCGGAUCUGGUUUCCUUCGGCCUCGCCCCCGCUGCUGCUGCCUUCGCGCUCGGUAUCCGCACCUCUGUCGAUCACGUUCUCCUCACUUUCUUCGUUCUCUGCGGUCUCACCCGCCUGGCUCGGUUCAACGUCACGGUCGCUGUUCUCCCGAAGGAUAAGAGCGGAAAGUCCAAAUACUUCGAGGGCACCCCUAUCCCGACUACUCUGGGUAUUGUCGGUCUUAUGGCUUACUGGGUCUCCGAAAGCUGGACCCACGAGAACAUUCCGCUCGGUCUGGUUGCCGAGGGCACAAUCUUUGAGUUCCACCCGGUCGCUCUGAUGUUUGUCUUGCACGGCUGCAUGAUGGUCAGCAAGACGAUACACAUUCCUAAGCCUUAA